AUGCCUCCCCGCGGAUUCGGCAAAAGGAAAGGCGGGUACAAGGGCCCGCUCCCAGGGCCUGACAAGAACGACGCCGAGGGGGAACGGUCCGGCGUGGCGCAGAAGCCCGCCAAGAAGCCGCCUUUAACUCAUUUCCUGUGCGUACCGCUGGUGACGACAGAGUCAAAGCCACAACUGCAGGCAUCUCUCCAAAAUUUCAAGGAGGCCGUGCUGUGCCAAGAGGACGUCGAUCUGGCGGGUGAUGGUGUUUCUGGCGGAAUUCCCGAAAAGGCCAUCCGACCUGUAGGGACACUACAUCUCACCCUCGGUGUCAUGAGUCUGCAGAGUCCCGAGGAAGUCGAAGAAGCAGUCUCCCUCUUGCAAAGCCUGGAUCUCGUUGCGCUGCUCAGGGAGAGCCAGCCCACAAAUAUAGCACAAGCAACAAUCCCGCCGCAGCCGGAAUCCGGCAAGACGAGUGUCUUGGACGCGUCUACAACUCGCGAUCAACCUCCGGUCCCAGGUCCCACCGACCCUCUUGCAAUCUCCUUGAGGUCGCUAGUUUCCAUGCACCCCCCUGGCAAAACGUCCAUCCUCUAUGCGCAGCCUGAAGAUCCAACUGGUCGCCUUUAUUCGUUCUGUGACGGCCUCAGGCGUCUGUUCACGGAAAAAGACCUGAUGGUCGAGGACACACGGCCCCUUAAACUUCAUGCAACGAUCGUCAACACCAUCUAUGCAAAGGCAGGAGGAAGGCAUGGAAAGGGCACAUCAGCUGGACAUGGGCCGAACGCUCGCGCGCCUGUUCGGAUAGAUGCAACCUCACUGCUUCCCAACUAUGCGGAUUACGUGUGGGCCGACAACAUACAUGUGGGAAAGAUUGCCAUCUGCAAAAUGGGCGCGAAGAAGAUCCUCGACGCGCAGGGGAGUGUGGUAAGCGAGGAGUAUGAGCAAGUCGCUUCCGCCGAGAUUAAAGUGUAA